UGCUAAGUACUUUCAAUCAGGUGCCUUGUGCUAAAAUUCCAUGCUUGAUGCCCAUAACCUUCUUCAUGACAUUCUUUCGCCCGGUCAUGUUCUGAUAGUUCCCGUCCUGGUUUGCCAUGAUUAUAAGAGUAGGGGCUUUUUAUCGAGAAGUCAUUGGCUCUUAGCUUACUGUGCGUGGUCCUGGAAAUUUGCAUAAUCUCGCGUAAGUACCCUAAGACUCACCACUACAGAACAAGGCAUGACGCAGCUGCAAGGCACCAGUAAGGCUCCAGAGGACGCCAAAGCUGAACUCAAGCAAAGCGCUCCCGAGGAGAAGGAGACAGUCACAGUGGCAACGACAAGGACAGAAAAUAAGAAAAUGGCACUUCAUGCCGGCCCUGCGAGAGCUCAGUCGAAGCCCGCCACCCCGUCCGGCGCAGCGGGCCGUCGCCGGUCGCUCUCGCUCGCGCCCGUGGUGCAGCAAGUGAUACGGGACCAAAAUCUCCGAGCAGGCUCCACCACAGCCACGGAGCAACUAAGUAAAACGAGCGGUGCCGCGUUGUUUGCAUCCGUGGCACGGAAAACCAUCCAAAGCCGCACGCUGGACGACCACGUCGAGCGUAUGAACCGCGGCCGAUCCUUGAGCGCGUCUUCCGGUCGGUCGCGGGCCGUGGGGCGCGCCCGGUCUGUGGGUGUAGGCGGAGGAGGUGGCUCUACUUCGGGUGUAGCAACUACCGGAGGAUCCUCUACAACCACGGGAGGGACUAGUACACCGAUGCCCGCUGCUGCAGGAAUGAUGGUCAACACCAUCACGUAUGCAACAAGUCUGAGCGGUGGAAAUAAAGGAAGUAGCCUUUCAGCCUCGCCAUCGAACAAACCUAUCGCCGUUGAGGAGUCGCUUCUGGGGACCAAACGAUACAACAGUAACACGGACCCUAGCAAGUACGCUACGAUGAGUUACUGGGACAACCGAUUCGAGUGGCUUUUGCGCGAGAGGAGUACUCCGGCGCUGAAACUUCCGACCACGAAGAGUAAACAGACAGGAGGUGGACCAUCGUCAACAUCAGCACAAUUAUCGCAUAUACAACAAUCGUCCCCGCCAAAGAGCGAUAGCAAGGGCGGCGAAGGGACAAUUAUGGUAGAUGGAUUGUUAACUAGUAGUACUUCUACUAGAGAUCCUGCAGCUUCGACGCAAAUCACACCAAAGACGGCUGUGACCACAGCGCCGACGUCGCCCACCAGCAGUAGAAGUCCGAACAAGACCGGCAGCCGGGCGAAUUCCUCCUCCGUAUCGCCGUCCCGCGGAGGGGGAGAAAAAACUACAGCUCCCCACGUCUUGCAACAGCAAGCGGUGGCGUGUAGCUGCAGCUCCGAAGAGUUCUACAACGUGAAGUAUCAUCACGCGGCGAACGGGAUCCGGAAGUACCUGGGGGAAAAUUACCACUGGAAGGUGCUCCACAUCGGCUGCGGCUUGAGCUUGUUCGGCAUCCAGAUGGUCAAGCAGGGGGGCUAUGUUUGCACUUUGAACACGGACAUCGCGCCCGUGUGCCUGAAAGCCAUGCAGAAAGCGUUUCCGCAGCACCAAUUUGCCUUGAUGGACGUCUUAGACAUGGUUUCAUCUUCUGCUUCCCCAGCCAACGUCGACGCGCUGUUUGGCGACGCGCCAAGAGGAGCUGGUGCACACCGAGCGGUCACCGCCGGCGCAAUGGCGGCGAAGACAGGAGGAGAGCAAGCGGCACCGAGUCCGGAGGAAGUGGAGGAAAAGUUCGGCACGCGGGUCCAACUUCCGGAAAGCUCCGUCGAUGUGGUCGUGGAUAAGGGCGUGCUAGACAGUCUUUUGUGCGGCCGCGGGGGCGACGAGCGGUUUCGAACCUGCAUGGAGCAAUGCUGGACCGUCCUCAAGGAGGGCGGGCUGUUUCUUGGCCUGGCCGGGUCCACGUUGACCAUCUGGAAACUCCAGCAACUAGGGGCGCAGUGGAAAUUUCUCGAGAAGAUUCCUUUGAAAGAACAGGGGAAGUAUAUGAUGCUCGUUUUGAGAAAAAGAAAAAAGGGAUGAAGCUGGAUUCGUGGCAAUCUAAUAUCUCUAGUUGUACUUUCGGUCAAAGGGUGCUGGUGUGAAACUUAGCGCGGAGGUCUUUGACUCUGAUAGUUCGGGAAGGCGAUCCGCCGUUUUUGCAGGCCUCGAAGCAUGCAGUAUUUUUCUGGAGAUAUGGUCAUGCGAGUUUUCGUUUUGGUUGGAAGAACGCAACAGGAC